ACAGGCGCAGUGAAGUGAUAAACAUGUUUGUAUUGUCAUCAGUAAUUCUGCUAACGGGAGCAGUUUAUGCAGAAGUGGAGAAUGCAAAUCCGCCGCAUUGCACUAAUGUGACCAAAGGUACUGACUACGUGUAUCAUUACCGCUUUGACUAUCCCGUGGCGUAUAUUCAUCCAGGCGUCAAAGAAGUGUAUCAACCUGGGCUAUACUGCACAAAUCCCCCAGCAGUGGCCGUGGCAUCCACUAUAGUGUGCGACUGGGCUGCUCCUCCGCAAGUACAGUUCACCCUGGGCGAUGAUUAUAUGCACGUGGUGCGCCAGGACCCGACGGGCCAGUUCGCGGGCAACGCCGUCAUCUGGACCUACCAGCUGUGCAGCCACAACCAUCUGCUACCUGAACCCUAUACCUCUAAGAAGCUGAAUAUUACGAGGGUUGACGGGCUUUAAUAAAUAAGAGGAGAAAAUGUUUCAAU